AUGCUCGCAACUGCUGCGAGAAAUGCUCGUCCUAAAUGCCCCCGAAAGAUAUUUCAAUUCCAUGGAUGCCUUCCAAAGAAAGACGCGUUCCGGUCUUCAAGCGGUCGACGGUCUGCUGUUACCCAGGCUGCCCCAACGAUCCCAGCUUCUGUAGACGAUAGAGCUUUAAUCACCCUGUUCGAUGAGCCCAGGAGUAGAUCCUCCUCCUCUCCGUGGUCGCACACUGGCUUAUUCGGGCACCCCUCAUUGAUUAAUCCCCGAGCACUUAUAUCUCUAACCAAUGCAACUCUACUUCGAGCUCAGAAGCUCACAGACCGCAUUCUUCGAGCUCAGGAGUCUCGGGACGAACUGCUCAAGGUCGUGAAAAACCUUGACCGACUCAGCGACCUGCUUUGUGGCGUGAUAGAUCUUUCGGAGUUGGUCCGAAAUGCGCAUCCAGAUCGUGUCUGGGUUGACGCCGCGAAUCAUGCAUACGAAGCGUUAUGUGAAUUCAUGAAUGUUCUAAACACUCAUGUUGGACUUUAUGAGGUACUGAAAGCUGUUUUAACGGACAAGGAUAUCAUUGAGUAUAUAGGACCCGAAGCAAUACAGACCGCACUUAUAUUUUGGAGGGACUUUGAAAAGUCUGCUAUCAACCUCCCUCCAGAUCAAAGAGAUAGGUUCGUUGCGCUCUCGACCGAAAUACUCGUUCUAGGUCGAGAAUUCCAAAGAGGUGUUGUCACACCUCGUCCUCCAGCAUCAAUCAAACCCGAAGAGCUAUCCGGACUCAAGGAUCAGGGUAUGGGCGUCAGGUUAAAGCUCCAAGCAAGAUUUACCAAUCGCGAUCUUUUGGUCUAUCCUGGGUCAUUACAAGCUCAAAUGAUUAUGCGUGCUGCACCAGAUGAAGAGCCCAGACGUAGAGUUUAUGUUGCCUCAAAUUCAAGUACUCCCGAACAGAUCAACAUCCUGGAGACCAUGCUCAGGAAACGCGCUGAAUUGUCCCGUCUGGUUGGUUCAGAAAGUUUUGCGCAUCUGACCCUCGACGAUAAAAUGGCGAAGUCACCAGAGAAUGUGAAUCAUUUUCUCAAUGCCCUCAUGGAUCACACAGCUCCAGCAGUAAAAGGCGCGCUACGUUCCUUGAGCUUACGGAAACAAGAACAUCUCAACACACCUCCCUUUCCGAUAAUACAAGCUUGGGAUCGAGACUUUUACUGCCCACCUGAACCUCCCGCACCUCCCAUCUCGCUACCUCCAUUAACACUGGGCACGGUAUUUAUGGCCCUUUCACGACUAUUCCGUCAUUUAUACGGAAUCAGCCUCCGACCAGUGCACGCUGCCUCAGGAGAAGUUUGGCAUACAGAUGUACAAAAACUCGAGGUUGUUGAUGAAACACAGGGUGUCAUUGGUUGGAUCUACGCCGAUCUCUUUGCGCGGAGGGGUAAACCAGGUGGCGCAGCCCAUUACACUGUUCGUUGUUCGCGUCGGACAGACGACGACGACGAAAAUGCAGAUCGUCUUGAAGAAAUUCUGGACCCCAGGAGUAUACAAGAAUCCAUUGAAUUCGAAGCUGUCAAACGGCAUCGCCUUCCCAAACAGGAAGGCGUCUACCAGCUACCGCUUGUAGUGUUACUGUGCGAGUUUGCUCGACCUUCAGUUUCACGGGGUGCUACUGUCCUCCAAUGGCAUGAAGUCAAUACACUAUUUCAUGAGAUGGGACACGCUAUGCAUUCAAUGAUAGGGCGAACAGAAUACCAGAACGUAGCUGGUACGCGUUGCGCAACCGAUUUUGUUGAGCUUCCGUCUAUAUUAAUGGAGCAUUUCCUCAACUCCCCGAUGGUCCUCUCGUUAUUCAACCCCGACUCCACAACAUCCUUGGCACAGUCACCGAAUCAUCACAUUGACCCUUGCCACGCCAUUGACACGUAUCAGCAAAUCCUCCUAGCUGCUCUCGACCAAAUAUACCACUCACCGGCCGUACUCGACCGCAACUUCGACUCCACCUCGGAGUACGCGAAGUUACAAAACACGCGCGGGAUGAUUCCUUACGUGUCUGGAACAUCGUUCCAGACGCAAUUCGGACACCUGUUUGGAUACGGUGCCACAUACUAUUCCUACCUUCUUGACCGUGCCAUCGCUUCACGAGUCUGGGGUAACGUUUUCUCAGAAGACCCUCUUAGCCGUCGACUAGGUGAAAGAUACAAGGAUGAGAUUCUCCGUUACGGCGGCGGACGGGAUCCUUGGAAAAUGGUGUCGGCGAUUCUAUCUUCGCCUGAACUAGAGAGCGGGGACGCUGAGGCGAUGCGUAUUGUCGGACAUUGGCGAAUUGAAGAUGAAGUGGGACUUCCGGGAAGGCACUAA